UCCAAUCGUACUACCAUCACGAAAAUCUCGCACGCCGAAUUCCAAAAUGGCGGCUUCUACACGGCUUUCGUCCGCCUCUCAAUUUUAUCACAACGAAGACUUGGAUGUCAUGGUUGCAGCGGGAGAAUACUCUGCUGAGGACUCAACUAUGGAAAAGGUUAUUGAUUUGCUUAAUCAAGCACAAUUGGAAAAAGAGGGAAAGCUCAAUUGCUUAAAACAAGUGCAAGAGUUUAUUGUGAAUAAGGACCCUUCACUUCUUGAUAACUUCUUGGAUGAAAUGCUAGUAUUUCAACAAGACAGAUCAGCUGAGGUCCGUAAGUUUGUUGUUGGAUUUAUUGAAGAGGCUUGCAAGAAAGACAUUGAGUUGCUUGGCAAAGUACUGAGCUCCUUGGCAGUGGCGCUGGGUGACGACAAUGUUGCCGUCCAGAAGCGGGUGAUGCUGUGUGUCACUCAACUUUACAAAUUUGCCCUUCAGCACGUGUGCAAAAAGAGGGUCAUAUCAGAGGAGUUAGAACAGAUGUGGGAGUUGCUGACUCAAAUGAAAAAUCAAAUUAUUGGGAUGUUGGCCUCUGAUAAUGAUGGUAUAAGAACACAUGCCAUCAAGUUUAUGGAGAUGUUGGUGUUGGUUCAAUCCACUAAGUCACAGGACUCUGAAUCGAGCAAGAAGGGGGAAGCAGACAUCUCCCUGGACGUGGUGCCGCGGGCCCAUCCCUUAGUCAAGAUGCAGGAGUUGAGAGAGGAGGGCGGGACUACUCUGGAAGCUUUGCUGUCGCUGAUAGCAUCACCAACUAUAUCUAGUGUCAACCUAAUGGCCGGCCUUGGCACGUUGUCCAAUAUUGCCCGUCAGAGGCCAGUGUUCAUGUCGACUGUGGUUCAGACAUUUGAGUCUCUUCAUGCCAAUCUACCCACAUCCUUGUCAAAGUCCCAAGUCAGCAGUGUCCGGAAGAACCUUAAGCUUCAUCUGAUGAGCUUGUUGAGACAUCCAAGCUCAUUUGAAUUUCUUCCACAAAUCACAACCCUCCUGACUGAUCUUGGAGCCUCACAAGCAGAGUUGGAAAAGAAUAUGCCAAAAGCAACACCCGAGUCACUGAAGCUCAAAGCAGAGAGUGAUACAGCGGCAGCUAACAAGAAAGCCAAGCUACUUGAUAAUGAUGACAUUGACAUGAUCACCAUGUCCAAUGCCGAGGCAAUCGAUCUAACCGCCAAUGAUCUGAUACCACGGCUUGAUAAGGAGGCUGUCACCAACUUGGUCCUGAUCAGUAUGCUUACCCUGCCAGACCGAAUGCCGUCCCACUUCAACGACACUUACACCCCGAUUGCUGCCGCCGGUGGGCAGGCCCAAGUGGCCCAUCUGGCUCGGCUGCUUGCGUCACAGAUGACAACUGCAUGUAUUGGAGUGGGGUUUGAUAGAAUGGAAGAGUUGAAAAAGGCUCAAGACCCAAGGAUAAAAAAAGAGAAUCAGAGAAGUAUUCCUGUGAUAGGUGGAAGUGCUCACUGGCAAGAGACUGGUGCUGAGACAGGAAAGAAGGACUCAGCAUUACAGAGAAUCUUGAGUGGGCAGCUGGACCAAUCAAAGGACAGUAAAACUGGGGAAGCCAAAAGGCCAACAUUACUUCCUAAGGACAUGUCUGCUUCUCAACUGCGUGUCCGUAAGAUCAAGGCAUUCAAGCUUGCUGAUGUCACUAGACCGAUGGAUGUGAAUGAGAGGCAUCGCAUGAUCAUGGCUGCAUUCGAGAGGAUCCUCCAUACAGAAGGUGUUGCAUCGCGGAGUGGAGUUGCGCAGGAAAGAAUAAAGCUUCUUGUUGGUCUGGCUAUACAGUUAGGGGAGGAUAUCAAAGGGGUGCUGUUUGACUAUGUGCUAUCUGACCCGCGGACCCAGUAUGAGUUAAUCCACACAUGGCUGUACCAGGAAUACCUUAUGCAAGAAGUGAAAGUGGAGGAAGUUGGUGACCAACCUGACCUGUACACGUACGAUCAGGUGCUGUGCACGAUCCUACAGGGCAUACAAGAACAUAUGGAUCCAAAGGACAAGCUGUUUACACGAGUGCUGUUGGAAGCUCCUGUGAUUACAGAGGGAGCCAUGCACAUCAUAAAAUACCACUGUGAAGACUUGGAACGCCUUCAAGUUGGCAUAUCCACGCUACGAGAGCUGAUACUCAAGCGCCCUGCCACACAUCAGCUGUUCCUAGGGACGCUACUGGACCUCUGCUCCAGUCCACAUGAGCAGGUCCGCGCCCAGGCCAUACAUACUACCAAGAAGCUACACACGAGGCCUGAACUAGCACUAGAAAUAGAGACCCAUGCACUCGCCUCAUUGGAACUUCUUCUGAAUGAAACAGCACCAGUGGAGGCAGGACAGUCACCCAAAGAAUGGACAGAUGAGACCAUCAAGUUGUGUCUGUAUUUGUACUUAGCACUGUUGCCGCAAAAUCAUGAGCUCUUUCACAAACUUGCCAUCAUCUACACUGCAUCGUCACAAAUGAUCAAAAGGAUUAUCCUCCGACAUCUUGAGCACCCGAUUCGCGCUAUCGGCAUGGCCUCCCCUGAACUGCUUCAAUUGGUGGAGAACUGCCCAACUGGAGCAGAGACACUGAUCGCUCGCAUCCUUAAUAUUAUCACUGACAAAGCCGCGCCAUCAAGUGACCUGGUUAGAAGGGUUAAAGACUUGUAUCAUAAGCGUGUAUCUGAUGUGCGAUUCCUGAUUCCUGUGCUAACUGGCCUUGAGAAGCAAGAGAUCAUUGCUGUGCUGCCCAAACUCAUCAAGCAAUCCCCUAGUGUGGUCAAGGAGGUCUUCAAUCGGUUACUGGGGUGUUUUCACAGCGAGUCCAAGUUAUCUGGUACCAGUCCCCUCAGUCCGUCCGAGCUGCUUGUUGCACUUCACAGCAUCGAGGGCAAGAGUGACAUGAAGGCGGUCAUGAAAGCGAUCAGUUUAUGUUUCGCCGAGAAGGCGAUCUACACCCAGGAGGUAUUGGCAAUAGUCCUACAGCAGCUGAUGGAGAUCAAUCCUCUCCCUACUCUCUUCAUGAGGACGGUAAUCCAGUCGUUGAGUAUCUGCCCUCGACUGAUUGGCUUUGUCAUGAGCAUCCUCGCUAAGCUUAUCACGAAACAAGUCUGGAAGCAGCCGAAAGUCUGGCAAGGGUUCGUCAAGUGCUGCCAGAUGACAAAGCCACAGUCUUUCUCAGUGCUGCUACAACUACCGCCCCGUCAGCUGGAGAGUGCAUUCGAGAUCUGUCCCGAGCUCCGCGACAACCUCGUAGCGCACGUCCAGUCGUUCACGCCCCACCAGCGCGCACAUAUCCCAAGAUCCGUCCUUCUGAUCCUUGAUAAAGAAAAGAAAAUCAAAACAGAAAAAAGCGAGAAAGAUCUCGAGCACGUUGACCCGGAGGAAGAAUCGACGAGAGAAGACGAACCCUCGUCGAAAAAGUCCCGAACACACUCGAGGGAAAGUAGGGCACACUCGAAGGAAAGCCGACGAAGAUCACGAAGAUCACGGUCACGUUCCAGGUCCCCGGACAGAAAACGCGAUCGCAAAGAUCGUGGGGACCUGAGUCCUGCUAGUGAUGCGGAGGUCCAUUCGGAUAGCGAAAAUAAUCCUUUAAGGGUUCAACAGGAAAAUUAACGACACUCUAAAGACAAUUCUCGAGAUCAUUUCAUUCGGUUUGAUAUUACCAUAUACAUUCGACUUAAUACAAACAUUUAAAAAUGAGAGUACAGAUAA